AGUCACCAAACAUUAAAUAUUGUAUUGUAUUUUAUUAUAUUUAUUUUUUUCCAACAUCAAUUUCUUUCUUACUUAUUACACAUACAAAUUAUGAAAAAAUGCUUAAUAAAUUAAUCAUGCUACUUGUUUUUUGUGAUUUAAACAAUGUAAUAAUACUCGUUUCAAAUGUUUUAAGUUGGUAUGUUUGUUAAGAUUUUGAGAUGAAGAUGUCUGAAAAAGCAAGAAAAAAAAUGCAUUAUUACGUGUAUGGAAAAUUAAGCCAACAAUAAACAAAAUUAAUGUGUUAUUUGUUUUUAAGUUUUUUAAAUAUCUAAGACACAAUUUCGCAAACACGGUCUAAAUCAUUACGUGAGUUACAUUUAAAUAGUUUGUAUAAAAUAAUUUAACACACAUUGCUAUACACGUGAGUUAAUAAGCCAAUAAAAUGUAAGAAAAAACAAAUCUAAACUAUUAAAAAUUCAAGUACAUCGAUAUGUUAUAUUCUAAAUACAACAACGUAAAUCGUCAAAACACGUUAAAGUAAUAAAGCGGAAGUAAUAUAUUAUAACGACGAAUGAAAUGACUCUGGUACAGAAUCUGAUGGAGAUACCUUAGAUGUGGACAUUAAACAUCAUCAUUAUAUAGAGUUGGAUAUGGAAACUAGUUUUAGUUCCUACACCGAUGCGAACUCUCCGACCGAUAAAAUUUGUUCAUCAGAAUUUUCUGCGAUGAUGUGUAAAUCCCACCUCCAGUACGAUCAGCAUAGUUCUGAAGAAGAACUAGAGGUAAUAAAUGGUCCUUCAUCAGUGGCAGCUGCAGAAGCUGCUGCCAGCAAUGUAUUGACGGUACGUGGCACAUCAUCCCUAAUAUCAGAACGUGGAUCGUCGUCACUAGAGCCCGAUGAGCUGCAGGGUGAAAUAGCUGCUUUAAAAAGGUCUAGUUCAACAUUGGUGGAAAAUCGCAAACGUUCGCUGGCACACAGUUCAGAUGAUGAUUUACGAAAUUUUUUGGAACCAAUUUUGACGCCUGUCAACUUUCGCACAUCACCGCCUUUAGAGGCUUUCAAGCCAAAUCGUAGCCACAUGUAUCGCUCGACUACGCCACUAAUUUUACAAGAGGCACGUUGCGGUAUUGAAAAUAUUAAGUUAUGUGAUAAUAGUGUUAAUGAUGAAAAUGGUGGAGCAAAUAAUGUUGGCGGUGGCAACAAUGGUGAUACUUCUUGCAUCAUGGGCACCGAGGGGGAAAACGCCGAAAAUGAUGAGGGCACAGCCAGCAGCAUUAUUAAAAUGAAGAUGAGCAAUUCGACGAGUAGUCAUCACAUAUAUCAACCUCAAGCCAAGCAUAAUUUUCACUUUAAUAGUUCGCGCAGCAGUCCUGCCUCCACGACUGGUCUCGAUGUUGAGGUUAGAUCGGUUAGUCCACCCGCGAAACUCUUCCAUUGUGCAAUAUCACCCAGACGCCGACCCAUGCGCACGCAACACAAUUCACAACGGUUACAAAGACCGCACAGGCCAUGUUUAGAUUUCGAUAAAAUGCAGCAGGUUAGUUUGUAAUGUAGCGCCAAAUCAAACAGAACUAAAAAGAAGUCUAUAAUCACCUUUGACAACAAUACCAUCAUCACUAUCACCACCAAAAACAAUAACACAAACAAUGCAAGCAACAUCAUCUCAGCGACUGCGACUAACUUUCCAACUGCAACAUUAAACAGUGAUUGUUGCACACCUAAAAGCAUCACAAGAUGAAACAACCUUCAUCGACAUCGUCAGCAGCAAUCUUUUAACUUUUUCAGUAUUCGUCUACGUUCAUACGUCAUUUAGAGGUUUGUGGGUUUUAGAUACAAAAUGUAACUUCUUUUAUUAGAAAAAAAACUCUCUAUCCAUCUUUCUCGGUUUCUCAAAACCCGAAACGCAACCCGCACACACCUACACCCACACAAAAACAAUCUCAUACCUACGAAACAAAAACAUGCUCAUUAGGGUCAUAACUAUUAUUGGGCGGUAAAAUACCACAGCACUACUUUUUUGCCAACACUGUCCUGAUAAUAUGUCAAUUUGGUUAAAAAACUUCCCGCACCUAAAGCAAUUUCUGAAAUGCUUUUAUUCGAUAUUUUUACAAUUUUUUUUCUUAUAAUUUUCAUAUAAAGUUAUACUGUUAUCUAAAAUAUGCAAUAUUAUGCCGAUUUAUUGAAAAUUGUUUAACACUAUAAGAUAAUGGAAAAAAAUUGCAAAAUUGUUACGCAAAAUAUUACUUUUGAACAUUUAAAAAAAGUGAUAUUUAUACAAAACGUCAUCGCCUUUAGUGCGGGAACUUUUUUCACGAUCGAAAAAAAAAAAUAAUAUCAUAUUCCGUAACAUAUGUUCAAGCUCUACAAGGUCAUGCUAUGGUAUUUUUAAUAUUCGCAAAAAUUUCAAAAAAUAAUUACCCUAAAACUCAUAUUCACGCAUGUAUUUCCAUAUAUACAUAUGUAUAAUAAAAA